CCGACAUGAAUUAAAUGUUUUCUUUGUUAUUCCUUAGUUGGCUUUGUGAAAACAAAUAGUCGGAUAAAAACUGUCUGCCCUGAACUCAUUUAGUAUGUGUGGUUUACAGUUCAUGUGAGGUAUUGGUUUAAGGGUGUUAAGUGACCCUGUACCACCUGAAUAAGUACCACAUGAACACGAAAUGUCGAGUUUGGCCGCAACAUGCAAUAUCAGAUUAUCUAAAGUUCUCUGAUACUCUUGUCAUUAGGCUGCCGCCGAACAUGGGCGGUCACUUUUCUGUCUAUAUAAACAUUAGCCCCGCACAGCUCUUGAGAAGAAUCCCUCGCGCACAUGAUCAGUCAGUCUCGCCUCUCUGGAAUGAAAGCAGCUCAGUGAUGGAGUUCAGAGAGCUGGGAGCAGACGACAGUUCUGAGGGCGACAUGGAGGAUCUGGACAGCGUAAAAGCCCUGACAGAGAAACUCAAACUCCAAACGCGCAGACCGUCGUACCUAGAAUGGAAGGAGCGACUGCAGGCUCGCCCGUGGACUGAUGCCACACACGGUUCAAAUGUCAGCAGCCCAGGAUCUGUAGAGAAGGACACUCAGCUAUCCGACGUCUGGAAAGAUAGGAUGCCUUAUAAGAAUAUAUGCGGCUUUGAUACUAUAGACGACGCGUUAGAAUGGCUCAGAAAAGAACUGAGGGAGAUGCAGAUGCAGGAUAACCGUCUUGCACGACAGUUGAUUCGCUUACGGGUGGAGAUCCACAGGCUGAAGGUGGAGCAGGUGUGUCACCGUCACAAAGAGAUGCUGGAUGAUGCCACAUAUGAGCUGGAGGAGUGCGAGGAGGACUCAGACCUGCUGUGUGACAUCCCCAUGAAAGCUGCCUUCACUCUGUCCACCACUCUCAAACAUAUAGGUCUCACAAGGAUGAACCUCAACUCCAGACGAUUCUCGCUCUGUUGAGAGGCACGGCGAUAAGAGAUACCCCUAAAGAACAUGUCUUUUACUUUUGCAGACACUGGAAACCAAAGUUUUGGUUGGUUCAUUUCAGUGUUAAAAUUGGACCAUGGAAAA